CGAGCGCAGCGCUGUCGACUCCAGAAGAGACGGCGGGCGCUGCAGGAGAAGCCGCAGGAUUAUAGGCUGGCGGCUGCUCUUUGAAAACACGGCGGAAAAAAAAAUCAAACCAAUCCCUCUUUCCUCACUGGUAUACACACGCGGCCGGCUGGAUGCCAGAUUAAAGGUUCUGUGUGGACACUAAGUGUACUGUUCAUCUGAGUCUGGACAAGAACUUCUAAUUUUUGGCAGCUGAAGAUGAUGUUACUAUGGAAACAGAUGUUCCUGCUUUCCUUUGUUGGCUGCCUUGGAGAUCUUGAAAACUUAAAGACAAAGAUGAGAAGCACUGUGUCAGUACGAGAAGGACAAGGGGUUGUUCUGCUGUGUGGGCCAUCAACUCAUUCUGGAGAACUUUCAUAUGCUUGGAUCUUUAAUGAAUACCCAUCAUUUGUGCAAGAAGACAGUCGGCGAUUUGUGUCUCAGGAAACUGGGCAUCUCUACAUAGCCAAAGUAGAGCCUUCUGAUGUAGGAAACUACACAUGUGUUGUGACUAGUACUGUAACAAAUACCAAUGUUCGUGGUUCACCAACACCAUUAGUGCUACGGACUGAUGGUGUAAUGGGAGAAUAUGAACCCAAAAUAGAAGUUCAUUUUCCUGAAAUCCUUCCUGCUGCUAAGGGCUCAACUGUAAGACUGGAAUGCUUUGCCCUAGGAAAUCCAGUGCCUCGAAUUAACUGGAGAAGAACUGAUGGAAUGCCUUUGCCAAGCAAAGUAAAGUUGAGGAAGUCCAGUGGCAUGAUUGAAAUUCCCAAUUUUCAACAAGAAGAUGCUGGUCUCUAUGAAUGUAUUACUGAAAAUUCUAGGGGAAAAAAUAUUGCAAGGGGACGCCUCACAUAUUACGCGAAGCCUCACUGGGUUCAGAUGAUAAAAGAUUUUGAAGCUGCUGUGGAGGACAACUUGUACUGGGAGUGCAAGGCCAGUGGCAAACCCAAACCAUCCUACAGAUGGCUGAAAAAUGGAGAAGCUUUAGCAUUAGAGGGAAGGAUACAAACUGAAAAUGGGGCACUGAUAAUAACAAACCUAAACCUGACGGAUUCUGGCGUAUAUCAAUGUAUAGCAGAAAACAAACAUGGUACAAUAUAUUCCAGUGCUGAACUCCAGGUUUUAGCUUCUGCUCCUGACUUCUCUAAAAACCCAAUGAAGAAACUGAUUCAACUGCAAAUAGGCAGCUCAGCUCAUUUUGAGUGCAAGCCAAAGGCUUCCCCUAAAGCAUCCAUCACUUGGAAAAAGGGAAGUGAGCUGCUCCAAGGAAAUGAAAGAACAGCGCUGUUAAAAGAUGGAAGCCUACAAAUAGCUAAUGUGAGUAAAUCAGAUGCUGGAAGUUAUACUUGCCUGGCGGAGAACCAGUUUGGAAAAGCUACUAGCUCAACAACUUUAUUAGUUACAGAGCCAACCCGUAUAACACAAGCCCCUUCAAACAUGGAUGUUACUGUAGGAGAAAGUGUAAUCCUGCCUUGCCAAGUUCAGCAUGACCCCUUGUUGGAUGUCAGCUUCAUGUGGUAUUUUAACAAUGCAUUAACCGACUUCAGAAAAGAUGCAUCCCACUUUGAAAGAGUAGGUGGGAGUGCAUCUGGAGACUUAAUGAUUAGGAAUAUCCAGCUGAAGCACAGUGGAAAAUAUGUGUGCAUGGUAAAGACAGAGGUGGAUAGUGUGUCAUCUGCAGCAGAUCUGAUAGUGCGAGGCUCACCUGGACCACCUGAACGAGUAAAAGUAGAUGAAAUAACUGCUACUACAGCUCGGCUUUCUUGGUAUGAGGGCUUAGACAAUCACAGCCCGAUCACUGGCUACUCUAUACAGGCCAGGACUCCUUUUUCAGUGGGUUGGCAAAGAGUCACAACAGUUCCUGAUGUCAUUGAUGGAAAAACUUUCACAGCCACUGCAGUAGACUUAAAUCCUUGGGUUGAAUAUGAAUUUCGUGUUGUUGCCAGUAACAAAAUUGGAGGUGGAGAACCUAGUUUGCCCUCAGAAAAAGUAAGAACUGAAGAGGCAGUUCCUGAAAUACCACCAUCUGAAGUAAGUGGAGGAGGUGGCAGCAGAUCUGAGCUGGUCAUUACAUGGGAUCCUGUUCCUGAAGAAUUACAAAAUGGUGAAGGAUUUGGUUAUGUUGUUGCUUUCCGACCCCUUGGCAUUACAACCUGGAUACAGACAGUUGUUACAUCACCUGACACGCCAAGAUAUGUCUUUAGAAAUGAAAGCAUCUUGCCAUUUUCACCAUAUGAAGUCAAGGUUGGCGUAUACAAUAACAAAGGAGAAGGACCAUUUAGCCCAGUAGCCACAGUGUUCUCUGCCGAAGAGGAACCAACUGUAGCACCUUCCGGUGUGUCUGCAAAAAGCCUCUCAUCUUCUGUAAUUGAAGUCUCCUGGAAUCCCAUUCCUUGGAAAAUUAGUAGCGGGAGACUGCUCGGUUAUGAGAUAAGAUAUUGGAAUAAUGGUGGAAAAGAACAAUCUUCCAACAGAGUGAAAGCCACGGGAAUUGAGACAUCAGCAAGAAUAACAGGACUGAAGAGCAACUUAGUGUACUAUGCAGCCAUUCGAGCAUACAACAGUGCAGGAGCAGGCCCUUUUAGUGCCACUGUCAAUGCCACCACAAAAAAGACACCACCUAGCCAGCCUCCAGGAAACAUUGUGUGGAACGUUACAGACUCCAGGGUAGUUUUGAAUUGGGAGCAGGUACACGCAAUGGAAAAUGAGUCAGAAGUAAUUGGUUAUAAGGUUUUGUAUAAGACCAGCAGUCAAAAUCAAUUGAGUACCCUAAUCACCAACAUAACAUCUGCAGAACUUCUGCUCCCUUUAAAUGAUGACUACAUUAUAGAAGUGAAAGCAGUGACUGAUGGUGGAGAUGGUAUUAGCAGUGAGCAGAUCAAAAUACCUAAACUAGCAAGUAUGGAUGCAAGGGGUUCCAGUACAGCAGUAUGGAAUAUCAACACUCUCUCUUGCUUUAUGACAAUAAUACCUUUCUUAAUUUUCAGAGCAGCAUUGUGUUGAUACAUUUUCAAAUAGAAUCAAAUGGAUCAUUUAUUCUAAAAAGUGCUUUUUUAAAAAAAGUUGGUUAUGCAUGGUUCUACCACUCUGAUUUUAAAUACUUUAUGUGGCUUCUGAAGUUUCAAUUUUAAAAUAAAGCAAACAACAGAUCAUACACAUAUUAAACAGUUCCUUCUAAAGGAACAUAAAAUGCCUUAAAAUGUAAUGAACCAAAGGAGUUUACAUAUUGCAUAUUUCAGAAAGGACAAAAAUAAGAGGAUAAACAUUGUACUAAGCUUAGCGAGUUCCAUUUCCCAAGCAACAUGGAAUUAUUUUGAGUAGAUAGCAACAAAGUCAUUCCAAAACACACAAAGAUUUUAAAUAUACAUUUCACCAGAAUCUGACGCAUAACUCAGAGCUGCAUUUGUGUCUUUAAAACAUAAUCAAUUGAGAACAGGAUCUAGAUGAAUAUCGCUACAUAAUCAUGUAGUUCAGCAUUCUCAUUUGAUGAUUUUAAAAACUUCGCUUUGCUACCAAGGGCAUCUUCCUUGCCUUUUUGUCCAGUCUACAUAAAUGUCCUGUUGCAUUUUCUUUAAGAAAUUCCAUUUUUAAAACAGCUCUUCUCUGGGUUUCUUAAUCUUGGUUCCAUUGUAAAUUCAGGAAGGUUCCUCCAGAUGCUGCACUGACAACAUUCCUUCUGAUCCCUUACUCAAAACAAAAAGUGUCCACCCAGCACUGGAGUUUGAGUAUCAGAAGGCUCGUCAUUUGCAGUUUGAGUAUCAGGAGACCUAGCAUUUGUUUUUUAGAGCACUGCAAAGCAUGCUGUCUCCCACUUGGCCUUUCCACUGUUGUGGGGCCCAGUGCUUUUCUUUGGAAUUAAAACUACCCAGAUUGGCACCCCAGCAAUCCAGGCCUCUUAGCGCAGGAUUACACUGGAAAUACUGCCCUGGAAAUCCAUGUAUUAUUCCAGACUUCCCACCAGCAAAUGUUAUAGUCAGGGAGCAGAUCAUGCACUACAAGGAAGCUGCUUUGGACAACAUCCACAAGGCAAGGGUAUCACAUGCAUUAUGUGCUGGUCCUUAGUUCUGAGCACCAUCCAGCUAAAAUAUGGAGACUGGUUCUUCCAACAAAAAUCAGCCAUGCAGCUUCUGACAGAAAAGGUCUCUAGGCACUUUAAUUUUGACUUUUUUUAACAUAUAAUAUAAAGGUAUAGACUUAGUUUGUUUUUUGUUAUGCUUUCUCCUGCAUUCUUUAUAACCUCCUAUACUUUCAUUAGUUCCUUAUAUUUUGAUAUCACCCUUGCUCCCCAUAUUUAUUACUGUUUUUAAACAAAGUGCCCAAGAAUAGAGCAUCACACUUUUAGAUGCAAUGCACCAGAGCCUUAUAACAGGGAAUAUUAUCUCCCUAAAUUAUAUGUGAUGUGUCUGAAUAUGCAGCCCUAAAUUUGUUGCCCUUCUGUAUGCCGCUUCUUCAUUGGACCAUUUUGAUUUCUGGUCCUUCUGCAAUUUCUUUACCCCUUUGUUUAGAAUUACUCUGGAUACUAACAGGACCACUGCCAUCUUCAUAUUUAUAAGCAAUGACUUUUCUACAUAGCAGAAUUUAUUUGAAUCAUAGCAAGUAAGGGAGAAAACAUCUAUCCUUACUACCUUUGAUUUCCUAUAUUUCUAAUCCCUAUAGAAAUAAAUUUCAUCUCCUAAUAUUAGUUGCACCUGGUCACUCAUGCUCUUACACCUGCAAUAAACAGGUGUGAACCCUUAGGGAAAAACAAACCUAUAAAAUCAGAUAUUGAUCUAUAUUUUAUUAUAACAUUCAUAUCUAAAACAAUCAUAUUAUUAUAACUUUGAAAAACACCUUUUUUCCAGAUCUUGGGUAAAAUCUGUAUAUAAUGUAUAUAGUGAAAUAAUAUCAAUGGUUACUUGCUCUUUAACAUGGCAAACUACUGAUGCUUCCAGUUACCAAUGGGUGGGAACAAACUUUCAUUCUUCAUAUAUUCCAUAUCCAUGCAAUGAGAGGGAAUUUCCCAUUCUUGUUACAAGAAAGUUCUAAAAUGUUCCUGUACUGCCAUUUUCAUGACCAUUCUGUUAAAUUUAAGUUCUAAUUCUAUUAUCUCCAUGAGAUCUUCUGGAAUACUUUGUUUCAUAUUGAAAAGUAUCAAUUUUCCUUCAACUUUUAAAUGUGUGUGUAUAUCCUAUGGUUAACUGUAUGUAUUUUUUUUAUUCUAAUAAAAUAUUUAGAACAUUAA